AUGGGAAUCUACUGCACAACAAUAAGCGCAGCUUAUCUGACGACAACCCCUCUGCUAGGCCGUGAAUGCACAGUAGCGCCUAAGGAGAAGUCCUGCUACCGUUGCAGUGGUGUUGGCCAUAUCUCUCGUGAAUGUCCCCAGGCAGCCUCGGGAGAUAGCUACAGUGGUGCUACCGGUGGUCAGGAAUGUUAUAAGUGCGGCCGUGUAGGCCACAUUGCAAGGAACUGCUCUCAGGGUGGUGGUGGAUAUGGUGGCCGUCAACAGACUUGCUACUCUUGCGGUGGCUUCGGUCACAUGGCUCGUGACUGCACCCACGGUCAGAAAUGUUACAACUGUGGAGAAGUUGGACAUGUCUCGCGUGAUUGUCCCACUGAAGCCAAGGGUGAACGGGUUUGCUAUAAUUGCAAGCAGCCAGGCCACGUUCAAGCUGCCUGUCCUAACUAGGCCAGAAAGUACUUUGGGUCGUUCGUCUAAUUUGUCGCGCCUGUAUAUACACGAGACGAGGCUUUGGAGGCGUUCUCAUGGACUGAACCAGUACUCUUCAAACCACUCGAACUCUCAUAUUUCUGCUUUCUCGUGUAGCCAGAUCAAACCUGGCUCAUAACCCUGAUCUUGGUGGGGUUUGCCCGUCCCUACCAUGAACAUGAUAUUCAUGAAUACUCGCGUGCCAAGACAUUGUAUCCGUGAUAUUUGCCUUCUAUUUCUC